AUGAAAAAGUUUAUCUCCAAGUUCGAGACGAAAAAUGAACCGUGCUCGGCGGGCGGCAGCAGCAGCCGGGAGACGAACAGCUUCGUCGGCAAAACGUUCAAGCUCAGCAAGGAGAACGUGGUCACGGUGGAGGAGGUGCUGGCCGAGGGUGGCUUCGCCGUCGUGUUUCUAGUCAAGGGUGCGAAGGGCGAGCGGUACGCGCUGAAGCGGCUGUACGUGAACAACGAGUACGAUUUGGGGGUGUGCAAUCGCGAGAUCAAGAUAGCGAGCAAUCUGAGCGGCCACAAGAACAUCAUCGGCUACAUCGACCACAGCAUCAAUGCGAAGGGCAACGGGGUGCACGAGAUACUGCUGCUGAUGCCGUACUGCAAGACGAACCUGCUGACGCAGAUGAACGCGCGGCUCGGGACGGGCUUCACCGAGCCGGAAGUGCUGCAGAUCUUCUGCGACGUGGCGGAAGCGGUCGCCCGGCUGCACCAGUGCCAGACGCCGAUCAUCCACCGCGACCUGAAGGUGGAGAAUGUGCUGCAGAACGAUCUCGGUCACUAUGUGCUGUGCGACUUCGGGUCGGCCACGGCGCGCAUCCUCAACCCGACCAGCCACGGGCGCACGACGGUCGAGGAGGAAAUCCAGCGGUACACCACGCUGUCCUACCGGGCGCCCGAGAUGAUCGAUCUGUUCAACGGGCAGGACAUCACGGUGAAGGCGGACAUCUGGGCGCUCGGCUGUCUGCUGUACAAGGUGUGCUUCUUCACGCUGCCGUUCGGCGAGAGCACGCUCGCCAUCCAGAGCGGGCAGUUUAGCAUCCCGGACGGGUCGAAGUAUUCGCGCGGCGUGCACCAGCUGAUACGCUACAUGCUGGAGCCGGAUGCGGACCGGCGCCCGAACAUCUAUCAGGUGUGCGAGGUGGCGUUUGGCAUCGCGGGACGAGCCAACCCGGUGCGCAACCUGACGAAGUGUAGCGUACCACCGCUCGACACGCUGCCGGUGCCACCGUUCGAGUCGGAAACGAAGCGACUGCCAACGGCACCGGGUGGACCGGCUGGUGGACAGCACGGCGGAUCCACACCGAAGCCGGCCAAGCCGUCGGCCGGCCAGCUGCCGCUGGAGGGUGGAACAAGCGUCGCUCCUCGGCAACGACCGAAAGCAUCGCAGGUAGCAACACCUGGCCAGAUGGGCGUGAGCAGCUUUUCCCUCGGAUUGCCGCCGAAUCCUUCACCGAAAAACAUCAUCUCCUCGCCAACGCCCGGCAUGGCACCGGUGGCGGGCACGAUCGGCACUACCGCUCCCACCGAUGCACCGGAGGCGUUCGUGGCGAAAUUUGCCGCCAACUUCCCACCGGCCAGCAACUCCUCCAGUGUCCCAACGGUGGCCGCCGCAUCAGCGGGGUCGAUCGAUCCAACGGCGCCAACUGUAGCAGGGAAGGAUGGCACGGCGGUGACAGCGCUGCCGGCACAGCCCGUUGCAGUGGCCGCCCUGUUCCAGACGACGUAUCCCGAUCCCUUCCGGGAGGCGGAGCUGGCCCCGAUCCCAAGCGGAGGCGAAAUGCCCACCGCUUCGGCCCCCAACUCGUCGUCCUCCUCGCUGUCGAUGGUACAUUCGCCAAGCCAUGCCGGUACGCAACAGCAGCAUCCCGGCCCGUCCAGUGCGGCGGCACAAACGCCCACCCUCGGUGGAUCCAACUCGUCCUCGAGCAGUGGCGUUCAUGGGGCCGGGGUCGGCAUACUGGCGCCACCGAAACCGUCCGGCCAUCGGCGGAACGUGAGCGAUACAUCGGCCUUCAACAAAGCGUUCGCCACGGAAACGUCCCAGUUUCUUGCGCCGUUCGACCAGUCCACCAACAACUACCAGCCGUCAUCAUCGGUAAGUCCGAGCGUCGGGCAGACGGCCGCCUCCGUCGGUGCAUCGAUGGCGAGCGGGUCGAACAGUUCGCUGCACAAACAGCAGCAACAGCAGCAUGCCAGCAGUCUGGCCUCUAGCUCCAAUCCGCAGCUGUUUCAGCAGCAGCGAUCCACGUCAUCGGCGGGCGGUAGCGCCAACUGGAACCCGUUCGGCGAUCCGACGCCGUUCGCGCAAAUGACCGAGGAUCACAUUUUCGGCGAGGAGUUUGACAAGAUCCGCGAGCAGGGCAGCCAGGGUAGCUUGAAGACGCCGCCCGAAGUGCCGCGCCACUCGUCGCUACCGCUGAUCCAGACGGCUGCGAGCGCCGCGGGCAAUAUGGCGGCCCUAUCGACCGUUCAGCAGGCCGCCCCAUUCUCGCCCGAGAACAUCCCCGACACGCUCGGCGACGACGAGGACGAUCCGUUCAGUUCCGCCCCGUUCUCGCUGCCGGUGCGCACCGACAAGAGCAAAUCGUUUAAGCUUGCCUCGCGCAAGGUGAUCGUAAUCGAUGGUGGAUUCAGCACGCAGCUCACCGAGCACGUCGGCGCCAAGCUGGACAAGGAUCCGCUCUGGACGUCGCGCUUCAAUGCGACGAACCCGGCCGCCGUGCUGGAGACGCAUCUCGACUAUCUGAAGGCGGGCGCGGACUGCAUACUGACCAACACGUACCAGGCGUCCAUCGAGGGCUACAUGGACUUUCUCGAUCUCAACGAGGACGAAUCGCUGAAGCUGAUCAGGGCCAGCGUCGAGCUGGCGCGGCGCGCCCGGACCCGCUACCUGGCCGAGAAGCUGGAAAACAAGUCCCACAAAAUACCGUGGGUGGUCGGUUCGAUCGGGCCGUACGGGGCGCAUCUGCACGACGGGUCCGAGUAUACGGGCGCGUACGCCGAUCACGUGCCGGCGAACCGGUUGCAAAAGUGGCACCGGCCCCGGAUCAACGCGAUCGUCGAGGCCGGUGUCGAUGCGCUCGCGAUCGAAACGAUCCCCUGCCGCAUGGAGGCGGAAGCGCUGCUCGACCUGCUGUCGGCCGACCAUCCGACCGUACGGUUUUGGAUUUCGUUCCAGUGUCGCGACGGUGCGUCGCUCGCGCACGGCGAAAACUUUGCCGAAACGGUGCUCGGCCUGUGGAACCGGGCGCGGCAACUGGCCAACCCGAAUCUGCUAGCCAUCGGCGUCAACUGCGUCAAUCCGCAGCACGUGCUGCCACUGUUGCGGUCGGUGCACGAGCUGCUGCAGCAGCGGGCGGCCGGUACACCGCCGGAAAGCGAACGCAUACCGCUGAUCGUCUACCCGAACUCGGGCGAACAGUGGGACGCGGCGGCCAGCUGCUGGCGGGGUGCGGAAAAUCUGACCCCGCUGGAAACCUACCUACCGCAGUGGGUGGAAAUGGGCGUCAAGUUUGUCGGCGGAUGCUGCCGUACCAAUGCGCGGGACAUUAAGCGGAUUAAGAAGGCAGUCAUCGGGCUGUACGGUAGCCGGAGCAAUGAGAACUAAUUGGUGGACGGCACCUGCCUGCACCUGGUCUCCUGGUGGGGUGUCCUGUGCUAGUAGCUACACACGUUCCAAUCGGAAACUGUGAUUUAGUUGAUGGAAGCAAAUGUUCACUUCACAAGAACCCGACACAGAGACGUGUGUAAUCUGUAGGCAAGCAAUUCGCACCAAACAAUGCUUAAAGGUUCCUGCUGUCCAAAGGUUCCACUGAACCCCGGUAGCCCUUAGCAACUACUUCGCGAGAUCGAAAGGCAUUUCAGCAAAAGCAGGCUAAGCAAGCCAAGGAAGUGACGUUAAUUCAGAUUGUAAUUAUUUAUCCAAACAAUGGGCAGGCACCGCGUAAAGGGAGGGAAAUUCAAAUCCUGCUGCAAGUAGCAAUCGCAAUAGCACGUGCAACAACCACAGCAAAGUUAUUACAGUAGGGUAGACACAGUGUUGAGCAAUAAUGAUGCACAAUUGUAGAAGGCCACACUAGAGCGCAGUUUCUAUCGCCAGAGCUACCCCAGGCCGGCAAAUUGAUAUGAAAUUACGAAUACAACGACGACCCCGGUUUCCCGCUCUCCGCCAAACAGCAAAAGGGCGCAAAGCAUGGAGCCGGUAGUAGUGUUAGAAACCGAGCAAUCUUUAAACCACUCUAACCAAUUAUAAUUACCCCGUCCGUUUUUGGCUACAAGUUUCAUAAAUCUAGUCCUGCUUCGUUUAUUCCCUGUUCAAAAAAAAGGUUAUCAUCUGCUCGUGGAUGGUAGGAUGCAAAGUUACGCAGAAACAUUAUUUACGACAGUGCGCGUAAUUGAAACCGAACGAAUCAUUAAAGUAUUUCGUUAGCAUUUUUUUUGUUUAUCUUCGUCCCUCUAAAUCCUCUCCUAAUUUAUGUUUAUCAACUAGCAAUUCGUACCACAGUUACGAAGUUGCAGAGAAGGAGGUACCAGUAUGUGACCGAUUAUCAAAGAUUCAAAUGCUGCGUUUGUGCGCAGUCCUCGUGAGAUGUGUUUUGCGUAGCAAUAUACGUAUCAAAUAUUGUUGUAUUAUUUGUUUGUUUGUUUGUUUACCAAUUAGUCCAAUUAUUUCAGAGUUUUCAUAUACAGAGUCUGGUUAUGGACAAGUGUGUAACUAAGAAUGAAAAUAGGCAUAGAGCGAACAUAAAGACAAAUCGUGUUUUUUUGGUUUCAUUUUGUGUUGUAACAUAUACUCCCUCUCACACACACCCGUACUCAACUUAUUAGAAUUAGGGAUUAAUAUGGGAGAAAGCCGAACGGUUGGAUUGUAGGAUAAGGCAGAGAACAGUGUGAGCAUUACUUAUGAGAUUUUGAGAUCGUGUGGUAGGUAGUUCCGGGGCGGGAUGGGAGUAUGGUUUGAAUCUGGUUUCACUCUGGCUAACCGGAAUUCGGUAACUGUAGCACUUGGAAGCACCUACACGUCCUCUAUUUAUAUUUAUUCACUCUACAAUCAUGCAAUGGAUCGAAUCGAAUGAAGAACGAAACAGAAAUGACAUGCCCCACACAUUGGAAGGUGAUUGACCAAUUAGUGAAAAAAGCUUUGCCCCAUGCUUGAGACAAGUGAUCGACGAGUUCUCGUCUUUAGCCAUUGCAAACUGUACAGAGUGUACAGUAUAGGAAAGGGAAUGGGGCUUCGAAAAAGCUAGUUAUUGCCGCUUUUACAAUCUUUGCGCAUUUAAUCUCCUCUCCACAUCCGUUGGUAGUUACAUAUUUUCACUACUUUUAGACCGUUGCUAGAACGUUGCAAGAGCAAAACAAAAAGGAAACUUAAAAAAGGCAUACCAAAUUAAAAGAAAAGGCUUCUAGCGGAGAGACUUCCACGCUCCGCCUAAUAGCCAACAAGAAACGUAAAAAGCUCGCUACUACUUGAUUCACCGGUGGCUGUAAAACUGGUUUGCUUCUCGUUUCGAUCGAACAUAACGAACCAAAUAUAUUACGAAUGAAUGCAAAUGAA